CGUAACCUCUGGAGGAGGUGGAUUACUCGUGUUCGUUCUUAAUCAAACGCGUUUCGGUGUGAUUUGUGUUUUUAUUGUGGUGUACAAUGGCUUACAACGGUGGUAGUGGCAAGAGACUGUGCUUAGGAACCGACCUGGACGUAGAGAGGAGUAAUGGCAACAAUUACAUGUCAGGCGAGCCAAGGCGUAAGCGCGAGAUGCCCGCGCGGCCGAACCACAUUCUGCUCUACACCAUCAUCAACCCGGCUUAUCCCAUCACUGUGGACGUCAUACACACGAUCAGCACGCCACACGGUCAAGUGCAGAGGAUUGUCGUCUUUAAGAAGAAUGGAGUACAGGCGAUGGUUGAAUUCGAGAGCAUCGAAUCUGCGACACGAGCUAAAGAAGCCCUACACGGCUGCGACAUUUACUCCGGAUGCUGCACUCUCAAAAUCGAAUUUGCCAAGCCUGAAAGACUAAACGUUUUCAAAAAUGACCAGGACAGCUGGGAUUAUACAUUGUCAGAAGACGUCCAACCGACACAGCGAAGUGCACCUCUUCUGCAGUCUCCCCAGUACACCGGUGGAAGACCACAACCAUACAAUCCGACUACAAUGACGACACAAGCGCCGAGACCAUGCAGCGAAGACUCAUGCAGUCAGCACAGUCAGAUGUCUUGUGAUCAGAACGAUAUGGACUUCGGCAGUGGCGGUCCACCGCCUCCGGGAAUGAUGAAAGAUAGACACGGCCCCCCACCUCCGCAUCACCCGCGCGAUGGUCGUGGUUACGGUCCAGAAGGGUACGGCGGGGAAGGGUUCGUACCACCUCCUCCGAUGCACCACCCACCUAUGCCACCACAGAAUCAGGGUGGUCCCCCCCAACAAGGAGCGGUGAUGAUGGUAUACGGCUUAGACCCAAAUACGGUCAAUGCAGACCGAUUGUUCAACCUUUGCUGUUUAUACGGAAAUGUUGUGAGAAUAAAGUUCCUCAAAACGAAGGAAGGCACUGCGAUGGUUCAAAUGGGUGACGGCGUUUCCGUGGAACGAUGUGUUCAAAACCUCAACAAUGUCACCGUCGGCGACUACACCCUCACACUCGCUUUCUCAAAACAGGCGUACCUAUCGGAAGUGAUGAACCCUUACCCACUGCCAGACAAGAGUCCCUCGUUCAAAGACUACGUCGGUAACAAGAACAACCGUUUCCUGACGCCCGCCUCCAUACACAAGAAUAGGAUACAGCCUCCGUCCAAGGUUCUGCAUUUCUUCAACACGCCACCCGAUGUGUCGGACGAACAGCUGUUACAGGUGUUCCAGGACUACGGAGUGACGCCUCCUCAUACCAUAUCCAAAUUCCCGCUAAAGAGCGAAAGAUCAUCGUCGGGUUUGAUGGAGUUCCAGAACAUAUCCCAGUCGGUGAUGGCCAUUAUGGCGUGCAAUCACGCAACCAUACAGCAUCCAGGCGCGAAAUUCCCGUUCGUUAUGAAGCUCUGCUUCUCGUCGUCGAGGCAGAUCGGUCAGGGCAAGGGACAGACUCCGACCAAGAAUCAAAACCACAGUCAGAGCCAGGACAACAACCGGCAAGGUCACGACAACGGCAUCGAUCAGGACUACUACUAACGGCGAUGUGGCGGCGAACACACAAACACACAUAUCAAGACGGACGGCACACAGACACACACAGGCACACCACUACGAGUGCAAGGGGAAUGGGGAUAACAUGGGGAUUGCCAUUGCUUAAUUAUUUAAAAAAAAAAACAUUUAAAUUACAAUUUUUCGGAGCCACAUUACAAUAAUGACUGAAGGGUAAAUUUUUUUUAGCAAUGGCAACAUUUAUAAUUCCUUUAUAUUAUAAUUUGUGAUCUAGUUCACUCAUAAAGACAUUAACAGAUAGUUUAUAUAAUAUUAGACACUAAAACAAUUUGUUUCAAAGAACACAUGAUUACAUUUCCAUUAUAUAUAUUAUUCUUUUUUUUUUCUUAUCUUUUGUUUUUUGGGGUUACCCGUUAAAUGCAAACGCAUUUCGUUUUACGUAGCGAGCGAUUUAGUUUUUAUAAGCAUUAUUCCCAUUUAUUGUUUAAUACUAGUUUUAGUUUAGUAUCGUUUUUAAUCGGUGUCAUUUUCAAACGUUAUUUUCCUUACAUUCGACUGUAAUUUCUAAGUGUCUUUUUUAGUGAUUAGUUGUUUAAUUAAACAAUUAUUUAUCUCCUUCUGUCUAUGUUAUUGAUUUGACCUUCGAAAUCUUCUAUUACAGACUCACUCUCUAAACAGUGCUUAUAAAUAAGGCCCUAAAAAAUUAAUAUAUAAUUUCAAGUUGUGAAAAUGGCACCGUUUUAUCCAUUUAGUAUGAGGUUAAUGAGUUAUUAAUUUGAUAUGUACGCAAUGUCGUACAAAGAUGUAGAUUUUCUUUUUGUUUGUAAUUAAAAAAAAAAAAAACUUUAUAUUAUGAUUUAUUUUGUAAUAUUUUGAUAAUUCGGUUGUACGAUAACUUGGCAGUUGUGAAUUGUACAAGAAAUAAAAAUGUGGUAUAAGGUAGAUUAUUUGAGUUUUAUUUUUCAUUUUUUAUUAAUAGGCUUGGAGUGUGCAUGUUUUGCGAUACGCAUGUUGUGACGUCACAGUAUUGUGGCGCAGUUGACGUUUCGUUUAACCUGAUCCGUUUUAAGAACCAAGAUGUGUAAUUAUAAGAAUAGUUUAGCACUCUUUAGGCUAGUAGUAAGUGUCAUUGCAAUGUCAAUUAUAUUCGACUAGAAAAAAAAAUUAUGAACCGUAACAGAUUUUCUAUAAAUUUUUCUUAAAAAUUAUAAAAAAUGUGACGAUUGGAAUAAAAUUAAGAACGCCAGCACAAUAAUUUAUCGUUCAAACUUUGCAGGUGAUGUUUUUAUGUUGAAUGAAUUGUGAGGUGAUAUUUCAAAAAUGGAAUUUCCUGCAAAUUUUGAACUAUUUUUUUUUUUUUAGAAUUAGAUCGUCAAUACACGAACACCAAAUGAUACCAUAAUCACGCUGUCUUUUUGUUCGUACUUAGAAUAGAUUUGUAUGGUGUGAAGUGUGGUAACCUGCCUAUAUUGCUGUUUAUGAUAUUACUGUAUGUCUUUUAACUGUUUGAUUAAACUAACAAUCAAAAGAAAUGAAAUUUAAUUUAAAAGUAUUUUUUAUCUGUUAUACCGUAAACAGUUUUAUAGUCAGCAAAAAAAAACUAAUAACCCCUUUAAUAGUUGAUUAAAACCAUUGUUAUCAGGUAAAUAGAUGCAUAUCUUUUUCUCUAGAAAUAUUUUCAAAUUUGAAAAAAAUAAAUGUGUUAGUAUUAGGACAUUGGUGUCGUGAUAGCUUACUAUGUUUUGUGUUUGAUGUAUAUAAGGAAAUAAAUUACUUUGUCAGUAAUAUUUUUUAUAAUAAGCGCUAUGGAAUAUUGUAUUAAAAACGUAAUGUCAACGAUUCGAUCAACUCUUCAUUAAAUACAUCCACGAGGCGACAGAAAUAACGACUGAUGGCUCAUUUAUUUGUAAACGUUUUUUUAACGUAUUUAAAAUUGAUUCGAUUGCAAAUAAACUUAUUUAACGAGACAAAUUGCUGUCCUUUUUAAACUUACAUACAAAAAAAGAGAUAGCGAUAUUUUUUUAAUUAGCUUGGUUAACAGAUCGUGUACAAAUUAAUGCAUGUAAAUUCAUUUAAAAUUUCUUAAUGAUAGAUAAAAACAUAUUCGAAAUUCGAUUUGAAAUACGUUAAUCAUACUUUACAAAUAUGGCCGUUUUUAAAUACUACGCUCAAAACAAAACUGUAAUAAAUUCACAACACUUGUAUGUGACACACAGCACGAAAUGUCUGAACUGAAAAAUAUAAACAUACAUAAUAAUACCGCACUCUAGCCUUUUACAUAUUUUAAGAUAAUGUAACGAUUAUAUUUAGUUCUUGUUUCUUAUUUCUAGACAUUACAUUGGUAUUAGGUACUUGUAGUUACAUCGUAAACAUUAAAUACAUGUCAACACAACAAACUUCUUUCAUUUAAACACGACCAGAACAUUCUAUAAACCCUCAGGCCUCAAUGGAUACAUCCUACCACAAAACAAGGAAUACAAAACGCAACUUUAAGCACUUUUAUUCGCCUAUUUUAACUUUUCAUUGAAACUAACCUAAAAAUCUUGCAAAAUUUAUUAAAUUGUUUAUAGUAAAAGAAAACACUAGAUAACCUAUAUUAUACUGUAAUUUCUUAAAAAGUCUUCACUCCUAUUCAUUUUUUUUUUUUAAUAAAUUCUAAAAUUCUAAAUUUAAAAGCAUUGAUUAUUGUGUUUGACAAGGUUAGGAAAAACAAUGAUAAUUAGUAUUCCUUUUUACGGACGACAAUAAACUUUAGUUGAGAUACAUUUUAAAAUUUAAAUGAAAUAUAUUUAUCAUACACUCUCAUUAUUACGACGUGCCAUUAUUAUGAUUGCUCAAAUAAAUAUAUAUAUAUAUAUACACAAAUUUUAUAAAAAUUGUUAAAAUGUCGCAAGCUUAUGUCGUAAUUAUUUUUCGCACCAAAAAUUCAUAAAUGUAUAAAGUGUGAAGAUAAAAAAGUUAAGUUUAAAUGUACAUAUUAAAUUGUUUCGUUAUGAAAUAUAUUUCUCUUAGUUUUAUUGUAAAGUCUAUGUAAUAAAUUAUAUUUAAUGUUAGGACGCUGCACGUACGACGCGAAAAUAUGUGAAUUGUAAAGAAAUAAAAAAGUUUUUGAUUGA